AUGGCUGAAAUGAGGCCCAGCGCAGCCGCGCAGCCUCCAGCCCCGAGCGCCUCCGGGGAGGCCGCCCCGAUCCCCCCGCCCGCGGCCCCGCCCCCUCCGCGCGACUGCGACUGCGCCUGCGCGCCCCGGCUCCGCCCCGCCCCCCCACGCCGCUCUCCGAGGCCGCGCGCCGGGAGCCGCCGUCGCUUAGCAACGCGCGCGUCCCUCUCCGGGGGGCCUGGUCCCUCGUCUUCCCGCCGCCUCGGGUCGGGCCGGGCCGGGGGUGCCCAUGGAGCGGAAGGAGGACGAGCAGCCGGUGACUGGUGGUCACAUGGUAAAGGACUGGAACAUCCCUUCCAACCAUCUUACGACACUACGAGCACCCAGAGGAGUGACUUUCGAAAACCAACAUGUCCAUUGGUUUUGCCAGUCAAACACAGCAAGCUGCAAAAGGCUUCUUGUGGAAUAGUUCCACUUGCCUCUCCUGAUGUAUCAGCAGAACUUCAAAAGAAUUUUAUAGAACACAUCUCUUUUUUACAUCAAUAUGAUGCUAGGAAAAUUCCCAAUGAGCCCAUCCGGGGAAAGCGACACGGAGCUUUUGUGCAGGCAGAGAUAAAACCAGGGAGUAGGCCAAUAGUUCCUAAGGGAACAGAGGUAUUACGGAAUGCUCCGGGGUCAUGCUCAUCAGAACAGUCCAAAAAAACAGAGAAAGGAAACUCAGCGGAAAGCAAAAUGAUCUCACCAGGUCUCUGCCGACAAAAUUCCCCAGAGCUGCUAGAGACUGAAACUCACUUAUCAGAAACAGACGUCAGAGAGGCAGCCAAGGCAUGCCCCAGAAGUCCUGAGAGAAGGGAGAAGGUUGCAGACAUCUUCCAAAUAACUGCAGUAAAUGCUCUUCUCCCCAGGCAUGAUCGUUUAAAUCCACCAAUAAAAAGUCAGGAUAAAUCAGGAUAAAUUACCUUCUUCAAGACAAAAAUCUAAUCCUUGGAAUGGAGAGAAAUUUCAGAAUCAUACAAACCCUCACAGGUUGCUUUCUCUUAUAUCAAUAACCUCAAAAAUUCUAUUUACAUAAAUGGGAAAAUGAAAAAAGACAA